ACAAACCCCGGCCAGCACAGCAAAGCAGACUAUAUUAUAAAGGAAAGCAAGCGUAGAUAGAGGAGCGAUACAAAAAUUUGAAUAAGUGCCUUUCCGCUCAGCGGAAAAUCUAACCGUUUCCAAUCAAAAUUAGGGUUUCGAGAUUUCAAUCCAUGGCGGAGAAGAGAACAGCGGCGAAAGAGCCGAUGAGUCUGAAUCAGCGUCACAAUCGUCUCCUUUCUGACCUCUCUUCUGCUCCGCAUCCCAAGCCUCCUUUUCAUUUCUCAAGAGAUAGAGAGGAUGAAGCGAAGGUUAAUUUGACUAAGGCUUUUUCGUCGAGUCUUAAUUUAAAUGAUGAUGAUGAUGCUCCUACUUUCGCUGGGAUUUCUGAUUUUGAUCCUCCUCCUCUUUCCAGUCCAGGCGGAAAAGAGGAAGCAAAGAUGAAUGUCACCAGGGAAUUCUUGCCAAGUGUUACUGUGAAUGAUGAUGCUCCUACUUUCUCCCGUAUUGGUGAUUUUGGUUCUCCUUCUCCCCCUCCUCCUAAAUCACUAGUUGCAGGAAAUCCACCAGCUGUUGAGCAUCACGUGGAGUGCUGGAGUGAUGCACACAACUCUUUUGAAGAAGAAGAUUCACAAUUGAGUCUCAGCAGAGCUUUGUCAUCAAAGGAUACCCAAAAAGAUGACGCCCCUCAUUUCUCCGGGAUUGUUGGUUUCGACUCUCCUUCACCUCCUUGUGAACUAGAAUCAGACGUUGGUAUUAAAGUCAGCAGUUCCUUAACCGAGGGUGAAUACAUGCCUUCCCUUAACAAAGUUGAGAAGGCCGAGUUUCAUAAGUUUGGUCAUCCACCUGCAGAAGAGAGGAAGCCUUUGAAGGUUAAGCUUGAAGGUAGACGUCGACUCUGCAAAACAGUUUCAUCAAUUAAUGACUGUGAAGAAGAUGACAGUAGCACUUUUUUGAACGAUGAACCAGACAAUUCAGGGGUAGCAGAUUUUAAAUCUCCGCCCCCACUGAAGAAAGACCUAAAUAGUGGUGAUGAAAUCAUGGAUAUUCUUCAUGAUUUAAGUGCUAAAUUUGAGGUUCUCUCGAUGGAGAAGACUAAGAGACCAUUUUCGACGAAAACUGGGCUAGUGGAGGAUUUAUCUGCUUCACGUAUGAAUAAGGGUACUGCAUUUGACAAAGAAAAUGAAUUGCAUAAGAAUGCUGGUCCUUCGCCAAGACCUGAUAGCUUUGGCAGUUCUAGUGGAUAUGAUUUCAGCAAAGCCAAAGUGUACGAUGAUGUGUCUGAAAUCAGGAGAGAUGGUGGCAUGUUGGUAAAUGAUAUGAAGAAUUGUGCAGGAGAUAAAAAGAAGAAUGGAACUAGGCACAUGAAUAAUCACAUCUCUAAUGCAGGACAAUCUAAUAAUUUAAAACAUGCUCAUAGAAGAAAAGACCGCAAUGAUGAUGACUGUGUAGUUAUUAGUAAUCAUAACUUUUUAAAAAGUUUAAAUGCACGGGAAAGCACAGUAAAGUGGGAGCCUGAUGAUCGUGACAAUAUAAAUAAAUUGGACAAGGCUGGGGAAAAUAAUUUUGGAAAUGAAGAUUCUAUUGUUUUGAGUGAUCCUAUCUCUCAGUUCAAAUUAAAUGGGAAAAUUGCAAAAAUGCUGUAUCCUCAUCAGCGUGAUGGAUUGAAGUGGCUCUGGUCACUUCAUUGUCAAGGUAAAGGAGGCAUAUUGGGUGAUGAUAUGGGUCUAGGGAAGACAAUGCAGAUAUGUGGUUUUUUAGCUGGGCUGUUUCACUCACGUCUUAUAAAAAGGGUUCUAGUUGUUGCUCCCAAAACACUUCUACCGCAUUGGAUCAAGGAACUAUCGGCUGUUGAUCUUUCUCACAAGACAAGAGAAUAUUAUGGGACAUGUGCAAAAGCCCGGGAAUAUGAACUUCAAUCCGUUUUUCAGGACAAAGGUAUUCUUUUAACAACUUAUGACAUUGUCCGGAACAAUACCAAAUCUUUACGAGGGGACCAUCACUUCUUUGACGAUGAAGAUGAAGAGACCUGGGAUUAUAUGAUACUUGAUGAGGGUCAUCUCAUAAAGAAUCCUAGUACGCAGAGAGCCAAAAGUUUGCUUGAGAUACCAGCUGCUCACCGUAUAAUCAUAAGUGGCACACCUAUACAAAAUCACCUCAAGGAAUUGUGGGCCUUGUUCAGCUUUUGUUGCCCUGACCUUCUUGGUGACAAAAAAUGGUUUAAGGAAAAAUACGAAAAUGCUAUUCUUCGUGGAAACGAGAAAAAUGCUUCUGAUAGGGAUAAGCGUAUUGGUUCGGCUGUUGCAAAGGAAUUGAGAGAACGCAUUCAACCUUAUUUCUUACGUCGCUUGAAGAGUGAGGUGUUUUGUGAUGAUGAUGGCACAAACACGGCCAGUCUUUCCCAAAAGCAUGAAAUUAUUGUGUGGUUAAGAUUAACUAAAUGCCAGAGACAACUUUAUGAAGCUUUUCUAAAGACCGAGUUGGUUGUUUCUGCCUUUGAUGGAUCUCCAUUGGCUGCGCUAACGAUCCUGAAGAAAAUAUGUGAUCAUCCAUUGCUUUUGACGAAAAGAGCUGCCGAAGAUGUAUUAGAAGGGAUGGAUUCAAUGCUUAACCCUGAAGAGCAUGGCGUGGCUGAAAAGUUAGCAAUGCACAUUGCGGAUGUGACUGAAAGGCUGGAUUUUGCAGAGAAACACGACUAUGUGUCCUGCAAAAUCUCUUUUAUAUUAUCGUUAUUGCCAAGCUUAAUCCCCAGGGGUCAUAAUGUUCUCAUCUUUUCCCAGACUCGAAAGAUGCUUGAUCUAAUUCAGGAUUCCCUAAUAUCUAACGGCUACAAAUUUUUGCGGAUUGAUGGGACUACCAAAGCUAAUGACAGACUGAAGAUUGUUGAUGAUUUUCAAGCAGGCGGAGCUCCCAUUUUUCUACUGACUUCUCAAGUUGGCGGACUAGGACUUACACUAACAAAAGCAGAUCGUGUCAUAGUAGUUGAUCCAGCUUGGAAUCCAAGCACCGAUAACCAAAGUGUUGAUCGUGCAUAUCGUAUUGGACAAAAGAAGGAUGUUCUAGUGUAUCGAUUGAUGACUUGUGGAACUGUUGAAGAAAAGAUAUAUAGAAAGCAGGUUUUUAAGGGGGGCUUGUUUAAAAGUGCAACUGAACACAAAGAACAAAUUCGAUAUUUCAGUCAACAGGAUCUUAGGGAGCUGUUCAGUAUCCCUGAACAAGGUUUUGAUGUUUCUCUCACUCAACAGCAGUUGCAUGAUGAGCACGAUGGUCAGCUCAAAAUGGAUGAGUCACUGGAAAAGCAUUUAAAGUUCGUGGAGUCGCUCGGUAUAGCUGGAGUUAGCCACCACAGUUUACUUUUCUCAAAGACAGCACCUGUAGCAGCAGUGCAAGAAGAGGAAAUUACAAGGGUAAAUCCUAAUAGAUUUGUGAGCAGCUCAGCCUCUUUCUCUUCAAAUGAACGUGAUAUAGAUGGUGCUAAGUAUGCAUUUAACCCAAAGGAUGUUAAAUUGCACACCAAAGUUUCUUCAUCAAACAAUUCAUGUUCACCAAGUGAAAGGGAUAUUCAGGAUAGGAUCAAGAGGCUAUCUCAAGUUUUCGCAAAUAAGGUUAUGAUUUCCAACCUACCUGACAAGGGAGACAAGAUAAGAAAGCAAAUCGCUCAAUUGCAUUCGGAACUUGAAAAUAUUAGCUCGGAGGCUAGAAAUAAAAAUAAUAUAAUCGAUUUGGAUGAAAUAUCAGGAUAAAUCAUUUUCUUCAACUUUAGAUAUCUGAUACUGACACAAUUGGUGUUCAUGAUGAUUUCAUGUACAACUGAAUUACGGGUGCAGUUGUUUUUCCAGACUUCCAUUUUCACGAGCAGUGUAAUUUUUCGGUCCAUGUACUGCUCGGAGUCUGAUAACACAUUUCAAUAUUAAUAUUUUGUUGAUAUUGAAAGCACAAAUGACACUUAUUAUUCCUCAUUGUUACGUGUAUAACAAGUGUAGUUGGACACAACUGUACCUGGCCAGUUUUUGGUUCUCUGAUCUAAGUAUCUCUUUUUUUUUUUUGGCUCA